ACAGAAGAAGCCUUGUAAGAUAAGGAUCUGUGGUAUCUGAUAAGACCACCAAGGCUCAAACCCACAAUUGACAAUUCAUUGUUCAUCCAUUUUAAAAUUGUGUAUGUGAUAUGGGUACUAUGAAUUAUAAACCAUACCAGUUGGAUUGCUUUGAAGCUUUUAAGAGAUAGAGAGAGACCAGAAGACCCAUCCACUUACAGUUUGCAACCAAAAUAUAAGUGGUUUUGAGGAGAUUGAAUUGGAGGCUGCUAUAUCUUUGGAUAUGAGAUAUCUUGGUGUGGGCUGUUUCCUUUGAUUUCUCCUCAUCCCUUUCUUCCUCUCUAUCAAGCAACUGGAUAAUAUCAUAUCAUGGACUACUCCAACUACUUGAUUCCUGUAGGGUAGUGAGGACUUAGCCAGAUAGGCCAACUGUCACCAUACCCUACCACCUCACAUGCAGCCCCUCCUCCUUUCCCCUUUCCCCUUUGCUUUGCUUACUGUUUCCUUCUACUAUCCUCUUUCCCUCUUUUUUCCUAUUUAUAAGCCCACACUUGCCCAUUUCACAGGAAGGAAAAAGAAACAGAAGGGAGAACGAGAGAGAGAAAGAAGGAAUCCUCAUAGACCACAGAAGUCCUGAUCUUCAUAUAUCCACACUCAGUUAUAUUCUGUUUCAACUGCAAAACUACUGUCUGCUUCAAGGGCUGCUGGUUCGUUACUGAAGAAAAGAAGUAAGCAAUUUUGCUUAUGGAGGUGGCUAUGGAGUUAGAAGAUGACUUGUUCUUUGCUGACUUGAGCAAGCAGAUUUCUCUCCUCAUUAUGGAUGAUGAUGAAGACCCAGUUGCUCCUCCCUCUUCUGUUACCUUCCAGCAGGCAUACUCGAGAGUGUAUUACCCAGCAGCACAAUCACCAUUCAUGUAUGAGCAGAAUUGCAGAAGGGAGAGCAAAGGGACAGGGGUGUUUAUCCCACAGUCAACACAGCCAAGAAGGAAGCAGAGGCAAGGCAGAUAUGGUACCAAUAGCUUCCAGACUAAAGGUCAGAGGAAGUUAGAAAGCACAAGAAUGGCUUCCCAAGUAACCACUUACACCAAUUCCUACAACCCAAACAAGGGCUGACGAUCAUGAUGAUAAGGAAUGGGAAAAGAGCAGAUAAUAAAACCCAGAAAGUGAUCAAGUUCUGCUUUCUGGAAAGUACCAUGAUUAAUCCUCAGUUUGGCAAAUAGGGUGGAGCAACAAGCAAGGAAUCUACACAGCAGCCUUUUUUUUUCUUCUGUCAAGAUCUCUGAUAUGUUGAACAUGUACAUGGUGAAGAAUUAUGCUAUUUAUUUAUUGUUUUAUUGGUAAUGUUAGUAGGUUGUGGAGGUGGAUAGGUUCCAAUUGUAAGGGACUUGUGUCUCUCUAAUAAAAUGGGGGAGUGUAUGCUGUACUAAUUUUGCUCAAUUAAUUCAUAUGAUUCAUUAUUUGAAUUGUGAUUAAUAUAAUUAGAACAUAGAUUAAUACAUCAGUAUUCAGGAUAGCAACUAGCAAGGCAACUUGCACUUGAAGGAAACAACAUACAAAACCCUUCUUGCACUCACAAAACAUGGUUUGAUACAUCAGCAAUCAACUAAUCAUGUUUUGGACUGAUCUACUGUAAUAAAAUAAAGCCAGAUCUGGAUUAGGGUUGGGGAGGUUUAAAAAACUGAAACAGAUGGGAUUAAGGUUUGAUACAGAGAACUGAAAUGACAGGCACAGCAAAGCUUGAAGCUAAAGCAACCUCAAAAGAUGCCAAACUAUGAUUAAGCUCUUUGUUUUUGUCACGGGAUGCCACAAGGAGGAAAAAGGUUUUAGCAUGUUGGUUAGCUUGUCAAAAGAAUUUCCCCCCAUUCUCAUGAUACCAAUCAUGUGCGCUGUGUUUUUGUUUGUUCUGUGAGAUUGAAAUAAGAUAACCACUCUUGUUUCUUUAUUCAGUUUUUGUGCCAUAUGUGGUGAGUGAGUGAAGUGCUACAUUUGCCAUUAUAAGUAAAGAAACAAUGGUAAGUUGGUUAGUCUAUUUAGGGGGUGGUUUGAUAGCUCUUAAAAUAUAUGGAAUUCUAAUCAUUUUACUGCACGUAUGCAUGUAUUGUUAUAAAUUUGAGAUAUUCUCGGACGAAAUGUUUGAGUAAAAUAUAAGUUACAUCGAUCAUCUUUUAUAAUUGUCUAUUAAAAAAAACUAAAGGAAGUUGCAUUAAGGUAAAUCUAAGAAACAUAAUUUCUACCAAAUUCAAAGACGAAAAUGGAUAAAUUCUAAAAUCCAUAUUGGAACAACAUGUUAGUAAAAUUAGUCCCAUAAUCUUCGAGAAAAUUAUUUUAAACGAUAAUUUCAAAGAUGAAUACAUUAAGAGUGAUAAGAUAAUGGCGAAGGCAAACACCAUUCAAUUUUAGAUACCAGAUCCGAUAUAAAUCUGUAAAGACUAAGCUCACACAUAAUUCUCUUUCUCAAUCAAAACGUUCCAAGAUCUAUCUAUCUUCAGGGUCCUUGUCUAAGAGCAUGUCAUGUUUUUAAAAACCAUUCAUUCAUUAUGCCCAUCCCUUUCCUUUCCUUUCCUUUCAAUUUUCCAUUGCCCCCAUCUCCUCUUUCCAAAACUAGCAAAUUCCCUUCUGGAUUUUGUCACAACGUACCACUUUGUACACUUCCCUUGAGCCUUUGGGGCACACCCUGUUCUCAGGCCAAGGUCAUUCACUAACCCUCAAAAUCUCAAACCCUAAUCCCUGUAGGCCAAUAAUGCAAUGAUCUGUUUUUCUCUGUAUGGAACAGAGUUACAAAGUACAAUAAUGCAAUGCAGGCAUGAUGAUACCCAGGGGGAAUUACCAGACCAAUAUGUUGGUGUAGUUUUGGAUGUAGAUGUGAAAGUGAAAACCAUAACUGUGAUCACUGUGAAACAAGUGCUCAACCACAAAGUUCAUUUUACAAGUGUGUGAGGGGUACAUAUCUUACAGGUAAGUAAUUUCAUAUCCAUCUCAAAAUCUAUUUAUAAAAAUGACUAGAAAAG